AUGGCAGGAAGAGGAAAGGCCAUCGGCGCAGGGGCGGCAAAGAAGGCGACGUCAAGGAGCAGCAAGGCCGGUCUUCAGUUCCCUGUUGGCAGGAUAGCGCGAUUCCUCAAGGCCGGGAAGUACGCCGAGCGCGUCGGUGCCGGCGCCCCUGUCUACCUCGCCGCCGUCCUCGAGUACCUCGCCGCCGAGGUAUUGCUAUGGCGCUUCCUAUCUCUCUUGUUUUCGCGGCAUGUGAUUUCCGCUGUGCGCUUGCCGGAUGUGUCUACGCCAUAGAUUUCGACAACUUUGGGCUUGUGAUUUCCGGUGUUCGGUUGCCGGAUACGUCUUAGCUGUAAAUUUUGAGAACUUCGCGAUUGUGAUUUUUUGUGUGCGGUUGCUAGAUGCAAGUCCGCUAUGUAUUUUGACAACUUCGCGCUUGUAAUUUCCUGUGUUCGGUUGCUGGAUGCAAGUUCGCCAUAUAUUUCGACAACUUCGCGCUUGUGAUUUCUUGUCUUCGAUUGCUGGAUGCAAGUUCGCCAUAUUUUCGACAACUUCGCGGUUGUUUGUGUUGAUCGGGGAAAAGCGGUGACCUCAGAUUUAGCCGAUAUUCAGGUUCUGGAGCUCGCCGGGAACGCCGCCCGUGACAAUAAGAAGACGAGGAUCGUGCCUCGGCACAUCCAGCUGGCGGUGAGGAACGACGAGGAGCUCUCCAAGCUCCUCGGCGCCGUGACCAUCGCCAACGGCGGCGUGAUGCCUAACAUCCACGCUCUGCUCCUCCCUAAGAAGACCGGCGCGUCCUCCAAGAGCGCCGCCGCUGACGACGACAGCUAG